AUGGCAGAAGCACUGCCCAUCCGCUUUCAAGAGCAUGUCCAGCUUCAAAAUUUGGGCGUCAAUGCAGCCAGCAUUGCUUUUAACACACUCACACUAGAAUCUGACAGGUUCAUCUGCGUACGCGAUACGACAGGCGAGCGGAACAUGGUCCUUAUCAUUGACUUGAACGACCCUAACAAUGUGCUCCGUCGUCCUAUCACUGCUGAUUCAGCUAUCAUGAAUCCAGUUAGCAAGGUCAUCGCGCUCAAAGCCCAAAAACAACUCCAGAUUUUCAACCUUGAAAUGGGGAGCAAAGUAAAGUCGCACUUAAUGGAUGAAGAGGUCCAGUUCUGGAAGUGGAUUUCUCCAAAAGCGCUGGCUCUUGUCACUGUUCAUUCAGUCUAUCACUGGUCCAUGGAGGAUGAGUCACAACCACCCAUCAAGGUCUUCGAUCGUCAGCCUAAUUUGAAUGGAAAUCAGAUCCUCAAUUACCGAGUUAACUCGGAUGGGAAGUGGAUGGUUCUUGUUGGCAUUUCGUCCCAGGCUGGUCGUGUUGUAGGUGCUAUGCAGCUUUAUUCGAAAGAACGUGGAGUUAGUCAGACCAUUGAGGGUCACGUUGCUGCUUUCGCCGAACUCAAGUUGGACGGUAGCAACUCACCGACCAAGUUGUUCUCUUUUGCUGUCCGCUCUGCUACUGGCGCCAAGCUUCAUAUCGUAGAGGUCGAUCACAAGGAAGGCAAUCCAGCGUUUGCUAAAAAAGCUGUUGAUGUCUACUUUCCCCCAGAAGCAAGUGCUGAUUUCCCAGUUGCAAUGCAGAUCAGCCAAAAAUAUGGCAUUAUCUUCCUUGUCACCAAAUUCGGGUUCAUUCACCUCUAUGAUCUUGAAACGGGCACAUGUAUUUAUAUGAACCGUAUCAGUGGAGAGACUAUCUUUGUGACAGCGGAGCAUGAGAGUACCAGCGGAGUUAUUGGUGUCAACCGCAAAGGUCAAGUACUCUCUGUAAGCGUCGAUGAGGACAACCUGGUUCCUUAUAUUGUCCAAACGCUAGGUAACGCUGAGCUGGCUCUCAAAAUUGCCUCCCGCAGUGGUUUGCCUGGCGCAGACGAUCUUUAUAGGCAACGUUUCCAACAGCUCUUCCAGUCUGGUGACUAUGCCUCAGCUGCUAAAAUGGCUGCAAAUUCACCAAGGGGUAUUUUGCGUACAUCUGAGACUAUUGAGAGGUUUAAGCACUUGUCUGUCCCUGGUGGAGUGCCUCCAAUUCUUCAAUACUUUGGUAUCCUUUUGGAGAAGGGUGAGCUCAACAAAUACGAAUCUUUAGAACUAGCAAAGCCUGUGCUCGCUCAGGGUCGUAAGCAGCUGUUGGAGAAGUGGCUGAAAGAGGAUAAGCUGGAAUGUAGUGAGGAACUUGGAGAUAUUGUCAAACAACAUGACACAACGCUUGCUCUCUCAGUGUAUUUGCGUGCCAAUGUGCCUAACAAGGUCAUCGCCUGUUUUGCAGAGACAAAGCAAUACCCCAAGAUCAUUCUUUAUGCCGAAAAAGUCGGCUAUACCCCUGAUUACCCUGUUCUACUUCAGCAUAUCAUGCGUAUGGAUCCCGAGAAUGGCACGCAGUUUGCAACGCUCUUGGCCACGAACAAGGAUGGGCCUCUUGUUGACUUGGAGAAGAUUGUCGAUGUAUUCAUGUCGCAAAGCAUGGUCCAGCAGGCCACUGCCUUCCUCUUGGAGGCGCUCAAGGACAACUUGCCCCAGCACGCUCACCUCCAAACGCGCUUGCUAGAGAUGAACCUGAUGCAAGCCCCACAAGUUGCUGAUGCCAUCUUGGGCAACGAGAUGUUCACACACUAUGACCGAGCAUCCGUUGCUUCCAUGUGCGAGAAGGCUGGUCUUUAUCAGAGAGCAUUGGAGCACUACACCGAGAUCUCGGACAUUAAGCGUGUUCUAGUCCAUACGCAUCUCUUGACUCCCGAUUGGGUAGUGUCGUAUUUUGGCCGUUUGUCAGUUGAACACUCAAUGGAAUGCUUGCGUGAGAUGUUGAAUGUCAACAUGAGACAGAACCUUCAGCUUGUGGUUCAGGUUGCCACCAAGUAUUCCGAUCAACUUGGUACUAACAAGCUCAUUGAAUUAUUCGAGUCGUACAAGACAUUUGAAGGUCUCUAUCAUUACCUUGGUUCCAUUGUUAACUUGAGUCAAGAUCCUGAGGUGGUUUACAAGUACAUUGAGGCUGCCAGUAGAACUGGUCAAAUCAAGGAGGUCGAACGCAUUUGUCGUGAGAACAACUACUUCAAUCCCGAAAGAGUGAAGAACUUCCUCAAGGACGCUCAGUUGUCAGACCAGCUGCCUUUGAUCAUUGUCUGCGAUCGCUUCGACUUUGUCCAUGAUUUAGUGUUGUAUUUGUAUCACAAUAAUCUCUCAAAGUACAUUGAAACAUACGUUCAGAAGGUUAAUCCCUCCAGGACUCCAGCCGUCAUUGGUGCAUUGCUGGAUGUUGGGUGUGACGAGAAUGUGAUCAAGAGCUUGCUGAUGUCCGUUCGUGGCAAUAUGCCUGUUGCCGAGUUAGUGGAUCAGACUGAAAAGCGUAAUCGUCUGAAGUUGCUCUUGCCCUGGCUUGAGGCCAAGGUCAACGAGGGUAGCCAGGAUCCAGAGGUUUAUAAUGCUAUUGCCAAGAUUUAUAUUGACAGCAAUAACAAUCCAGAACCUUUCCUCAGGAAUAAUGCUUACUACGAUUCGCGAACGAUUGGAAAAUACUGUGAGAAGCGUGAUCCUUACCUUGCGUUCAUUGCAUAUGAGAGAGGUCAAUGUGAUAUUGAAUUGAUUGAGAUCACCAACAACAACUCGAUGUUUAAGCAUCAGGCUCGCUACCUUGUCAAGCGUCGCGACCAAAAUCUUUGGGCUCAUGUUCUUAGCAAUGACAACCCUAGUCGUCGUGCCUUGAUUGAUCAAAUUGUCGCCACUGCACUUCCAGAGACUCAGGAUCCUGAAGAUGUCUCGAUUACUGUCAAGGCGUUUAUGGCUGCAUACCUUCCUAACGAGCUGAUUGAGUUGCUGGAGAAGAUUAUUCUCGAAAGCUCUGCAUUCAGUGAUAACCGCAACCUUCAAAACCUAUUGAUUCUGACAGCAAUCCAGGCCGAAAAGGGCAAGGUCAUGGACUUUAUCAACCGACUUGACAAUUUUGAUGCACCCGAUAUUGCAGAGCAUGCGAUCCGAGGUGGAUUGUAUGAGGAAGCAUUCGUGAUCUACAAAAAGCAUAAUGUCCAUGCCAGUGCGAUCAAUGUAUUGAUUGAGCAUAUCGGAAGCAUUGAUCGAGCAUACGAAUAUGCAGAAAAGACUGAUGUCCCUGAGGUAUGGAGCCGACUUGGAAAGGCACAGCUAGAUGGUAUGCGUAUCAAGGAAGCGAUCGACUCUUACAUCCGUGCUAAUGACCCAACCAACCAUGCGGAGGUCAUUACGUUGGCUUCAAGGGCAGACAAGUAUGAGGAUCUGGUUCGAUAUCUCCAGAUGGCAAGGAAACUAUCUCGAGAGCCUCUGAUUGAGAGUGAGCUUUUGUUUGCAUUUGCAAAGACUGGUCGCAUUGCGGAUAUGGAGGAGUUGCUGAACGGACCCCAUGUUGCUCAGGUUCAGGAGAUUGGAGAUCGGUGCUACGAAGAAAAGAUGUAUGGUCCCGCCAAGAUCUUGUACUCUAGCAUUUCGAACUGGGCUCGUCUCUCGACCACUUUGGUGCACUUGGGAGAAUACCAAGCCGCUGUUGAUGGGGCUCGCAAGGCCAACAGCACUAAGGUUUGGAAGGAUGUUCAUGCAGCAUGUAUUGAGCGCAAGGAGUUUCGGUUAGCCCAGGUCUGCGGUCUGUCGUUAGUUGUUCACCCAGAAGAACUGGAGGACUUGAUUCGCUUGUACGAGCAUCAGGGCUACUUUGAUGCGUUAAUGGCAUUGUUGGAGGCUGGUCUGGGAUUGGAGCGUGCUCACAUGGGUAUGUUUACAGAAUUGGCAAUCCUUUAUGCGCGCUAUAAGCCUGAGCGAAUGAUGGAGCACCUCAAGAUCUUUUGGUCUCGUAUCAACAUUCCCAAGGUCAUCAGAGCUUGUGAGGAAGCUCAUCUGUGGACCGAGCUGGUCUUCUUGUAUGUUCACUAUGACGAGUACGACAAUGCAGCAAUUACAAUGAUGAAGCAUGCAGCGGACGCAUGGGAGCACGGAGCGUUCAAGGAGGUGGUAGUGAAGGUAUCAAAUCUGGAGAUUUAUUACAAGGCAUUGCGCUUCUAUCUGGAUGAGCAGCCUAUGUUGUUGAAUGAGCUGUUGGCAGUAAUGAUUCCUAGAAUUGAUCAUAACCGAGUCAUUCAGAUGUUCCAAAAGUCUGACAACUUGCCAUUGAUUCGAGAGUAUUUGGUCUCUGUUCAGGCUACUGUCAACAGUCAGGUGGUCAACAGUGCAUACCACGAUUUGUUGAUUGAGGAAGAGGAUUAUGAACGACUUCGCAAGUCGGUUGAUACGAACAACAACUUUGAUAACAUUGCACUGGCACAACGAUUGGAGGGUCAUGAGCUGCUUGAGUUCAGGAGGAUUGCAGCUCACUUGUAUAAGCGUAACAAGAGAUGGCGCCAGUCCAUGACUUUGUCAAAGCAGGAUCGACUUUAUAAAGAUGCGAUGGAGACUGCUGCAGAAUCGAAUGAUACAGCUGUUGCAGAAGAAUUGUUGCAGUACUUUGUGGAAAGUGGCAACAAGGAAUGCUUUGCAGCUUGCUUGUAUAUUUGUUACGAUCUUGUGCGUCCUGAUGUGGUCUUGGAGUUGGCUUGGAGACACGGCUUGACUGAUUUUGCUAUGCCUUAUAUGGUUCAGUUUACUCGAGAGUAUGUCAACAAAGUUGACAAGUUGGAGAAGGCUCAUGAAGAGGAAUUGGCCAAGGAGGCCAAGGCAAGGAGUAAUGCAGAGAACACUCCUAUUUUAGGGCCAGGCGGACUAGGCACCGCUAGGAUGAUUACUGCAGGUCCUACAGGAUUGAUGCCUCAGCAGACUGGUAUAGGCAUGGGAAUGAUGAUGCCUCAACAGACUGGAAUGAGCGGAUUUGGAGGAUAUUAG